UUGUUUGUUGUUUGUUGUUUGUUGUUUGUUGUGAAUUGUGUUUGUUCUGGCUGUUGAAGAUUGCUGUGUUUUGAAAAGUGCAGAAGUGAGAAUACGGGAGAUAGCUUUGUUUGAAUAUUUCGCGUGGAACUGGAACUGCAAGGUGAAGGUGAUCCCGUUAAUUCACCUACCGGCAGGAAUCCCAGGGCGCAUCAACGCUCGACGGCGCGCCUGAUUCAGUGCUAGAGAAAGCAGAGGAGCGCGGAUAGGAAGAGGCAGUGGUUUGAAGAGGCCGGGAAAUCAGAGAUCGAUCGGGGAUAAUCGGGAUUUCUAUAUGAGCUUGGUCCAGAGAGGUUCUUGACGUCGAUUCAAUUAUUGAGGAUUGCCCUGGUGUACAGAGGGCAUAAUUACUUCAGAUCAGAAGAUUACAGCAAAAGUACAGCAAAAGUACAGCAAAGGUACAGAGGUACAGGAAGAAUAAAUGAAUCUGGGCUCGCUAUCGUUCUGGACGUGGUUCAAUGUGUUUACAAACGGGGUGUACCUGUCGCUGAUAAUAUUGACGAUUCCGCUCGCGUUCGACGUCGGCGGACAAGAAUGCGGGCUCGCGUUCACACUCACGCUGGCCGUGUUUUAUUUCUCGAUGGCCACGAUCAGGCUGCUGGGCCGCAACACACAGUUUAGCACGAUUACGCAUAUCGUGUAUUAUUCGCAGCACGUGAUCAUACCUUCGUUGUUUAUAAUGUUUCUGAAUAUCUAUUCAGACUCUGAGCAUACGUACGCGGUGUGGAGCAGGAUCUUGAUUCCGUGGCGGUACUUUUUGGAGAACGCGACAGCGGGGUUUACGAUCCUUGAAGGAUUCUGCACGCUUCUCGUGAUCCAGGCGGCGGGCCAGAUCAGCAGGUAUCUGGUGAAGCGCAACUCUGAUCUGUGGACGAUUAUUUUGCUUGUGGCGGCAGCGAAUAUCGUGACAUGUGCAUUGUAUUUCUUGUACAGGAUCUACACGUUCCCGAUCACGAUCGGGUCCGUUAACGCGACGAUGAUCGGGGCGAUGUUGACAUGUACGAUAUUCCUGGGCGGGUACGGGAUUGUGUCGCGGAGGGGCAACUUGAUUGAGUCGAGCUUGCUGUUUGGGUAUAUGGUGUUUUGUCUAUACGAGACGUUUACGGAUUUCCAUCCGAAUCAGACGGAGGAGGGUAGUGGGAGCAGCGCGAGCAGUAUUAGCUCGGGAGGAUCAAAGACCGAGUUUCCGCCGUUUCCGCCAAUAAUAAUGGAGAGCUAUGCGACGAUUGUUGCUUCACUGGCGUCGACAGUGCCGUCGAGUUUCGCGACUACGUUUGAAUUUAUACUGGCGGCGAUGUCGACGAUCACGCCGUCGAUUGUGGUGUCGCUGAUGUAUCGGUUGCUGGUGUUGUUUGCGACGACGCAGAUCAUUCCAGCGCUGCGAGAGACGGGGGAUGAGCGCGGGCCGGUGCCGAGGAGUAGGAGUAGUAGUGCGACGAGAGAAGGCGCGGGUGCGGGCGAGGGAGUAUCAGACGGAGCAGUCGGAGCAGAGGGAGCCAGAGCAGAGGGAGAUGGAGCAGAGAGUAUAAAACAGGAAGAGCAGGAAGACGGGGAAGGAGCAUCUACGGGCCAGCUGUUUGUGCGGGCAUACGCCCCCUGCGUGCUGAUAGCAGUCUACUCGCACCUGCUGAUGCAGCACUUUGGGUAUCUACGGUCGACGACUACGGUGGGCGGGUUCGAGAUCGCGACGUGGCAGCUGUGGUCGUGGGUGAACAGCGGGGUGACGCUCGCGCUGUACGCGUCCGAGAUGAUGUACGGGAAGGAGUCGCGGGGGGAGAGCCUUGCGCGGCACUGGAAGAUGGAGUGAUUACAUAAGACGAAUGAUUAAUCUUACAUAAGAUCUUACAUCACAGAAACGCGUUGAGUACGCGCCUCAGGGUUCAGACAAGAAGCAAGCGAGCCCGAGCGCUGCGGCGGCGCCGAGUCUGACGAUUGGAAUGUGGCUCCGGCGCAGAGCAGAGACGUUAAGAGAUCCGCAGAGGGAAAUAAGAGGAGGAGGAGGAGGAGGAGGAAGCAGAGGCCUGGUUCGAUUGAACGAGAUGCGAUCAGAUGGAGAUGUGAAGAUAGAAAGAUGUGAGGAUGGAGGAUAUGAAGAGUGUUGCUGGGAUAUCAGAUAUCAGAUAUACCCCAGCCGACUAUCCUUCUAUGCCGCUGGCAGACAUGUAAUAACACACAACGCAAUACAAUAAAUACAAUAAAUACAAUAAAUACAA